GAGGCACAGCUAAUUCCAGUGCAGCUGAUGACUUGUGCAGAUUGCAUCUGGUACCUUCUGGUUUUACCACAUCAUUCCUAGUGUCAUUUGCAGGAAUAAAGCUGAGCCACUCCCCUUACCUGACCUGUAUGUGUGUGCUUGCAUGCCUUCAGGGUUAGUGGGCGUGGGCCAAGUCCUCUCAGGUGUCUCUGAGGUCUUGAGUUGCAUAUCACAAAGUGCCUUUUCUUCCUCUUUGUUGCCACCUAGCAGCUUUCUCCUUCUAUCCGUCCUCUAAAUUCUCCUCUUUUUUCCCCCUAGCAGGACAGAGGGAGACGGAAGUGUGAUCUUGAUCUAUCCAAAAUGGACAGGAAACACGAAGAAGAAGGAGGAGAACCCGGUCCAGACUAGGACUUGUGACUUACUUGACUUCAAACCUCACAAGCCGGCUGAUCAUAUGAUGUUGCUUUAAACAUCCUGGAAGGGGAAGUACAAACGUGCUUUUGUGACAUUUCACUCAAAGUUUAUUGCACUGCACAUCUGCAGUGCCGCACCAAGAAGCUUAACAAAAUGGACAGCGCAGGCUAAAAAAACUUCUCCAGACUGGAGAGUGAUCUGUGAAUGGCGCCAUUGGAGGUUGUAACAUGCUUCAGGAUUUCCCGUUUAUGGGAUCUUAUGAAAUGAUCGUCUUUCAUGCAGCAGAGGAGGACAUUUUGUAGCCAGACAACGUUUACAGCUACAACAACUUUUACCAAAACCCACAAACUAACCCAACAAACCCCCAAAACGGAACUAACAGAGAUACAUGCUAAUGGAGGAGGAAAGCGUGUGUUCCUCUCUGCCAGAUAUUACAGAUUCAGUCCUUCAGCAGCCUCAACCAGACUCAUGGACCUCUAUAGACCACCAGUACAUCAAUGGAGAACAGCAGGCCAUUGUGUGGGGUGAGACAGAGGUACACACAAACCAGGCACAUGGGACAGAUCAAGUCAAUCUCUCUGAGGAGGCAGAACAGUGGGAGCAACUAAUAUGGCCGAUGACCUGUACCAGUGCUCAGCUUUCUGUCGCCACAGUGCAGUGGGACAUGCCUGAUCCCUCUGCAGGGAUGUCUUCACUCAUGACUGACAGCAGCUCGUCCUAUGAGCUAGACUCUGGUGGCGUGAUGAGUCUAGACACCACUUCCCCGUCACUUCACCAAUGUCAAGUCGUUAAUGCUGAGCUUUUCACACGGGGGGACAGAGAGGAAGAAGAUGGGUUUAACUCACGGUUUCUGAACUCAAAUCUAGAGUGGAAUGGAAGUGGCUCUGAGCCAUGUGAUGCUGCAGAUGUGCAAGAGCCGACAACACAGGAAAAGGAAGACUCAACACAUGAGCUGUUAGACAGUAAUAACGAAAUCCCACUGAGGACAGUAUCAGAAGAAGACGAGGGACACUCAGCAGCUUCAGAUUCUGUUGAAACUGUGGACUUAAUCGACACUCUUGAAGAGAUUGAAGGCUCAGAAGAUGAGGUGGACAGUUUUGUAGAUUUAAACCCAGAAGAGGAACAGGAGGAGCCCGGUGUUCUGCUGACUGGACAGGGAGACUCAGAGGAAGAGCAAACUUCAGUGAAUGGUGUUGAGACUGAAGAAGAGAACGAGGAGGGAGACGAGGUAGAAGAGGAGCAGAUUAUGACAAAUGAGUCUUGUACUGAAGAAUGUGAAGAGGCAAAAACUGUCAGUUGCUUGUGUGAUGGGGAGAUUCCUGCUGAGCCACUACAAACGUACGACACUGGACCAAGUAUAAACCCAGAUAAGCUAACUGAUCUGCAACAAUCAGAGCUUUCGGAGGAAAGGCGGUGCUCAGGGACUGAAGAGGACACAGAGAUGCUAGAACGGUUACAUGAAGAUCCCACAGGACAGACUAAAGAGCCAGAAAUGUGCGAAGAUGUAGAUCAGAACAUGGACCCUGAACAGUCAGUGGCCGGGGACAACGACGAAGAACCAUCGCUACAGCCGGCAGAUAACGCAGAGAGGAUAGAAGACUCAGAAGAGAUACUAGAGCUGAGUGAAACAUUGGAGGAGACAUGUUGCUUAGAGCAUCAAGAUUGUGACCAAACGACUUCACAGGACGCAGAGCCUGGAUGCUCUGAGUCCGAGCAGCUCGAGAUGACCGAAGAGUCGCAGCAGAUCCAACCAGAGGUGUCACAUCAAGCAGAGGAGCGACACUCUGAAGACCAGUUAGGACAGUCGCAACAUCUGGAGCAGUCAGACCAGAUGGAAUUGAUAGAAGAGUCAACCCAACCCGAAAAUGCAGACCUGCCAGAGGAGUCCCCUCAGUUAGAGCAGACAGUUUGUGUUGAAGCUGAAGACCCUCAAGUGGCAGAGCAGCAAGAACAGACGGAGCCAUCAGAGCAGAAUGAGCAGCCACUGCAAACGGCCGACUCGCCUCAGCCAACGCUCUCCGAGCAGAUCGUGCGACCGGAGAAGACGGAUGAGCCCGAAAUAGCAGAGCAGCUGUCUGCUGAGACUGAGAUCACACAGCAGACAGCUGAGGCCGAGUUAAAUCAGGUGGACAAACAGGCUGAGACAUAUCAGGCUGAAGAAGUAGGAGGUAGUGAGGAUGGGUCUGUACAAACAGUUGUUGCAAAUGGAGAGCAACCCAAACCUCCUGAGACAGCAGUGCUUCACAUGAAUGGAGGUGAGGUGGACAGAGAGAUGGCCUGCCGCCUCGCUGAGCGGUUGUAUAAGUUGGAUGGGAUCCAACGUGUGGACGUGGUGAAGCACUUAGACAAAGAUAAUGACUUCAGUCAUGCUGUCGGGGAGGAAUACCUGAGAUUCUUUGACUUCACCGGACAAACUCUCGAUCAUGCCCUGAGAUCUUUCCUGAAAGUGGUGGUACUGAUAGGAGAGACCCAGGAGAGAGAGCGCGUGCUGCAGCAUUUCGCCUGCCGCUUCCAUCAGUGCAACCCCGACUCCUUCUCCUCUUCAGGGUCAGUGUUGGCUCUUACAUGCGCUUUGAUGCUUCUCAACACUGAUUUGCAUGGACAGAACGUAGGGAAAUCCAUGUCCUCUUCUAAGUUUGUGUCCAACCUGGAUGGGAUGAAUGAAGAGGGCAACUUCAGCAAGGAUCUCUUGAAAAGUCUUUACAACUCCAUAAAGAGUGAACCGCUGGAGUGGGCUAUUGAUGAGGAGGAAUUAAAGAGCUCUGUGUUGGUGGAUGAAGAUGCAGCAGACGAUGCACCACUGCGUUCAAAAGCCAACCCCUUCCAGGACGUUCCUCAUGACAAAACGGCCUCUGUGGUCAAAGAGGGAUUCCUCCAGAGAAAACUCCAUGCUGACAUUGACGGCAAACGCACUCCUUGGGGGAAGAGAAGCUGGAAGACUUUCUACGGAGUGCUGAAGGGAAUGGUCCUUUACUUACAGAAGAAUGAUUACAGGAGGGAUCAGCCGACUAAUGAGGAGGUGGUGAGCGUGCACCACUCUCUGGCCGAGCAGGCAGCCGACUACACCAAGAAGCCACACGUCUUCCGCCUGCAGACGGCUGACUGGAGGGUUUUCCUCUUUCAGGCCUCAUCCAAAGUGGAGAUGAAUUCAUGGAUCAGCCGCAUCAACCUGGUUUCGGCGCUUCACUCCUCGCCUCCGUUCCCCGCCGCUGUUGGCUCUCAGAGGAGGUUCUUCAGGCCGAUCCUCCCCGCCUCGCAGUCUGCUCACACUCCGGAACGUCAGCUGCAGUCUCAUGCAGGAAUGCUGGAGUCCUUCAAGGCAGACUUGGCGUACCUGCAGCAAAACCUACCAGAGGGCAAGAAAGCCAAAGCCAAGGAGCUGGAGGAGCAUCGCGUCAGAGCAGAGUACCUGCAGCACGAGAUGUGUCGCUAUGAGAUCUACAUCCAGGUGCUGGAUGCCUGGAAGAGCACGAAGAAGACAGGCGACAGCGUGUUGAGCUUCGCCGACCUAAACCUGUUUGAUAAAGCUGUGUGUGCGGACUCUGUGGGGGAGGAAGAGGAGGAGGAAGGCGGGCUAAAAAAGUCCUACUCCAGCCCCUCUCUGGAGCUGGAGAUAGCUGCUCCAACGGUGAUCAAAGUCAGACGCAACAUCUCAGAAAGACGGACUUAUCGCAGAACCAUCAUCCCCCGAUGGGUUAAAGAGGCCUGAAAGGUUUUUUACUCAGAGAUAAUACGACCAGUUAAUGUUCCAUUGAAAAUGCAGAUUAAUAAAUUUCUACUGUGAGCUGACAGGACUUCAGUCUUUAUGCUUGUGGAAGCACUGAGCAGAGAAGCAGACACCAAAGUCAUAUGUGAAAUCUUCCUCAGCAAGUUAUUGUUUUGUUUUAGAGUUUUUCUGCAGUUUUAUCUUGUGCACUUUUACAAAAAUAAACCUCAGGGAAUCCAUAACCCUCAAUCUCUCUCAGGACAGAGAGGGCGGGGCCCUGAUUCGUUUGUUGAGUGACUCAAAAUGUCUGGACCUAAUUUAUUUAGUUUAGUUGUGUUGACUUUGGUCUGUAGUAGUACUCAAAAUUGUACAAAUUUGCUCUCAUUUGUUACUUUGGGCAAAAAUGUGCCUUUAAAAUGUAAACCACUAGAGGCUGCUGUAGUACAGCACAUCUCUGAGUGAAUGGAAGUUUGUUUUUUAAAGUAUCCUAAUUGCACUUUUAUUUUUUUAAUAUUGUGUAUGAAAUGUUGAUCGAGUAUUCGUGAUGUUGAUGUCACUGUUACAUUUUUUUUUUCCAAAUGAAGGGUUCAUUUCCAAAAUGUUAUUAAAUGUUAUUUUUUUCUCUUUUGGGGAAAAAUAAAAUGUUACUUGUGUUUAUCAUUUAGUAUGGGUGAGACAGUUUAUGGAUGUUAACACUUUUAGUUUAAGGGCCUGUAAUUCAGUUGUUGGCUCUAAAUGCGACAAAUAGCAAUUUCAAGCAUUUGCUCCACAGUUACAGGUUUUGUGAGCUGUAACUUCAGAUACAAACAUUUUUCUUGUUGAGUUGUAAAACUAAAAGAUGCAGCAAUAAGAAUAUCUGCUGGAGAAAAGAUCACACUGUGUGCGCUUUAAGGAAGGAUGCAGGAGCUUAAUUUUUCAACAAAGUAAGAGAAAGAACAUUAAAAAUUUUCUUUUGUAACAUC